CGUCGUUCAGGCGUCACUCAUAUCAAAUGAUGAAUUUCAACAAGUGUGUGCUUUUUUUGUAAAUAAAAGUUCUUUAUUUCGUUAAAACAGACCCUAAAAAUGGCUAGCGGCGACGGCAAGAAGGUGAAACCAUCGACGUCGAGAGGGAAGCGUUGUCCGCCAAGGUUCACAGGGCCCCCGCGCACCCAGCCCUCACUGCCGACACUCAGACGAGCGGGGUAUGAUGACGAAGUGGACCGGGACAGCGAGCUGCUGCGGGCGGCUAAUAACUUCUAUCCUGAGGGAGAAAGCGAAGGUGGCUGCAGCGAGUUUCCUCCUCUGAUGCUGCGGAAGUCUUGGACCAUGGGAGUUCCUUACAGAGACGGCUUCGAUCAUGCCAAGCCAGUCGACUCGAUCGGUAACUGCUACACUCCGGCGAGCAAGAUCAUGCGUCUGAUCAACAUGCCGCCGAAGCGCCGCAAGCCGCCAAACCUGUACGGGCCCAUCGGACCGAACGGAGAGCUGCAGUUCCCCCCUCUCAAGUCCUACGAGGAGAGGGAAAGAGAGAGGUUGGAGGAGAUAAAGGAGCAAGAGAAGAAGAACCGACUGCCUAAAGGUUUGGUCCGUCUGGACGACCUGGUGUCAGGAGAGUACAAUAGGAGAAAGGCUGCAGAAGUUGAGGCUAAGAGGCAGAGAAGAGAGAAGAAAAUGAGGGAGAAAGAGGAAGCCGAGAGGGCUGCUGCGGAGGCACUGAAAAGACACUUAGAGAGGCUGGAGUUCGAGCUGCCCCGCGACCCUGACCAGCAGAAGCUGGAGAUGCUGCAGGUGACGGAGGAGGAGCACUACCGGUACAUACACCCCAAGGACCUGGAGCGGAUCGAGUACUACUUGAACGUGGCACUAGUGGGAAACCAUAUCCCAGACUUCCCGUACUUCCUUUACAAGAGAGCUAAAACAGAAGUAGACAAGCAGACAGCCCACAUCAAGAAAAGGCUUCUAAUUCUUACUUACAACGCGUGUGUGAGACAAUGCGAGUCUGAAAUUAGGGCCUACUUUGUUGUAGCCAUGAAGAGAAGCCUACUUUGCUACAUCCUAGAGGACCCAGCAGAACAGAAGAGGCUGAAGAUUGCCUUCGUGCCUCCGCUAUGGCCUGCGCUAGUGGUCCGUGCCCCAAUGCCGUGGCACACCGCGUACGUGCGCGCGCAGCAAGCCAUGUCGUACCGGUAUUACCACGGGAAUGCGGUUAUAAGGGAGCUGGUGCGACUGUGGCAUGACAGAUACCAAAACAUGUACAUCUGUGACAUGAACAAGAUGCAAGAAGGGCUGCCCUUCCCGCAAUACCCCUCGGAGUUCUCCGAGCGAUUGAACAAACUCUGCCAGGAGACCAGGUCCGAGCUGAUGGACAAUUGGAUAAUAGACGUCGCUGACACCAUGAUUAAGAUGAGGAAGCACUGGCAAGUUUAUGUGGCGAUGAAGCGGAAGGAGUCUACCUUCCAAGUUGAACACUUCUUUGCAACUCUUCAUUCUCUGAUGUCAAAGCAAGUUCGGGAUCUGGUUGAAAGGAGCAUCUUUCAUUUUGCAGAGUACUUCUCUCGUCAUUGGGACGGCAACGCAUACAGCGGCCCGUACCGGGACUACAUGUUCAUAAAGACGCCACUCCUGCGCAUCAAGGUGGUGGGCCAGCCGGGCUCCACCAAGCUGGGGUUCGAGCCUACGCUGGACCAGAUGCGCGCGCUCAUCAUCAAGUGGUUCCACACCAUCAUCAACGUCAACAUGCAGCUGCCGAGCAUCGACAGUAUCAUGUACCCUGGCGUGUCUCGGCCGUACCCAUUCCUGAUCUCCGUAUACCCAGAAGAGCAAUACAUGGUGGAGAUCACGAACAAGACCGUUGGCCACUACUACGUGAACAGACCGGGGCCAAUCAGCUACCUGUCCAACUUCGAAGAGUUCAACUAUCUGCUGGAUGGGUCUGCGUUCCAGGAACUCAUGGCGUUCUUCAAGCUCGAACCGCCGCCGUAUCUUAAGGACUUCUCAGCGCGCAUCUUCAAAUACGAAGAACAGCGCGACGAGAUAGUGUUCCUGCGGCGCGACAUCCCGCUCAACAUGAUAAUGUUGGACUGCGGGCCCAUCAACGACACGCUGCACGACAUCGUCAACGGCCUGCGGCAGCACAUAGUCGACCACUUCAUCUUGGUCAACAGAAAGUGGAACAGAGGCAUCUGCAACGUGUAUGAAGAGAUGGCGAGCCGGUCGUCGGAAACCCCGGAGACGACGGCGCAGCUGGUGGAGCUGCUCAACUACAUCUCAGACUGCCGCGACCGCGCCAUGUUCGAGCUGCGGGCGCAGUCGCGGACAACCGCCGAGUACGUGCUGUUCCUCAUGGAGCAUGCGCAUUUGAACUUCGAGGACAUCAACCUGAACACGCGCGUGUUCCUCUGGCCCCUGGACAUGGAGGACACCAUAGACCUGACCAUCAAGACGCUCAACACGAAGAAGACGAUGGCCGAAGACAAGCUGCGCAGCAAGAAGGCGAUCUUCGAGGAGAAGAUCAAGAAGCACGAGAAGGAGUUGGAGCUGUUCAGGAGGUUCGACCCGCCGCUGCUUAAUCUGGACCUGCUGAGUGACGUGGUGAAGAAGGUCGAUGAGAUAUUCAAGAAUUUGACGGACGACAAAUACGAAGCAGAGGACAUUAUCACGGAGGAACAACUGUUAGAUCAGGAGGUGUCAGUGUACUACUCCCUGCAGGCCAUGCUCAACGGCGUCGACCCCUUCCACAAGCUGUGGCAUACUGCUUACGACUUCUACGAUGGCUAUGAGAAAUGGUAUCACGGGCCAUUCCACGUGCUGAAUGCUGAGCAAAUAUCGGAGGACGUCGACGCCUGGUGGAAGCUGUUGAUCAAGCUGGGCAAGCAGCUGUUCGAGUACCCGGGCGCGAAGCGGAUCGCGGACAUGGUCCGGAAUAGGGUCGAGAAGUUCAAGGUUCUGUUGCCGGUGCUCUGCGCUAUCUGCAAUAAGGGCAUGCGCGAGCGCCACUGGGCCCGCAUCAGCGCGCUGGUGGGCGCGGAGGUGCAGCACGGGGAUGACGUCACGCUGGCUGACAUGGUCGACCAGGGCGUGCACGUCUUCGCUCCGCAGCUAGAAGAGAUCGAACAACAAGCAGCUAAGGAAUAUUCUUUGGAGUGCGCGCUGCACAAGAUGAAGGAGGAGUGGCUGGGAGUCAAGUUCGAGGUGCUUCCCUACAGGGACACGGGCGUGGGUAUCCUGACUGGUUUGGACGACAUCCAGCAGCAACUGGACGAUCACAUCCUGAAGUCGCAGACCAUGCGCGGCUCGCCGUACGUCAAGGCGUUUGAGGCCGACAUGGUGGCGUGGGAGGAGAAACUGAUCAGCAUGCAAGAUAUAUUAGACCAGUGGCUUAUGUGUCAAGCCACGUGGAUGUACCUGGAGCCGAUCUUCUCAUCUGAAGACAUCAUGCGUCAGAUGCCAACGGAAGCGCGUAACUUCCGCGACGUGGACAAAGAGUGGAAGCUCAUCAUGACGGCCACACAGAAGCAGCCGCAAGUGUUGCCAGCUACGGAUUACCCUGGACUGCUGCAUAAGCUGAAGUACAGCAAUGCUCUGCUUGAUGAUAUCCAGAGGGGACUCAAUGAUUACUUGGAGAAGAAGAGGCUGUUCUUCCCCAGAUUCUUCUUCUUAUCCAACGACGAACUUCUGGAGAUCCUCUCCGAGACGAAGGACCCGAUGCGCGUGCAGCCUCACCUGAAGAAGUGCUUCGAAGGCAUCUACACGCUGGACUUCAACGCCAACAAAGAGAUCGUGGGCAUGGCGUCCGCGGAGGGUGAGGUGGUCAAGCUGUCUUCUAGCAUACAGCCCGCUGAUGCCAAGGGUAUGGUGGAGCGCUGGCUGCAGCAGCUGGAGCAGCAGAUGAUCAUCAGCCUCCGAGACGUCGCGACGGAGUCAGUCAACCAGUACGCGGUGGUGAAGCGCGAGGACUGGGUGUUGAGCUGGCCCGGGCAGAUCGUACAGACCGGCUCCUGUGUGCAGUACACCACUGAAGCCAUAGAAGCCAUCUCCGCCAACGAGCUGCCGCUGAUGGUGGAGCGCGCCACGCAGCAGAUCACGGGGCUGGUGUACCUCGUGCAGGGCGAGCUGGAGCCCGGGAACAGGAUCACUGUGGAGGCGCUCAUCGUGCUCGACGUGCACGGCCGCUCAAUUUUAGAAGAGAUGGUCGGCAAAAACGUGUCAGAGGUGACAGACUUCAACUGGAUAUCGCAGCUGCGGUACUACAUGCGCGGCGACCGCAUAGUCUGCUCGAUGAUCACGACAGACGUGGACUACGGGUUCGAAUACCUCGGGAACAUCGGCCGGCUGGUCGCCACGCCGCUAACCGACCGCUGCUUCAGGACCCUAAUGAGUGCCCUGAAGUUGAACCUGGGCGGAGCACCCGAAGGCCCGGCUGGCACCGGCAAGACGGAGACCACCAAGGAUCUAGCGAAAGCCGUGGCCAAGAAGUGUGUCGUGUUCAACUGUUCAGACGGCUUGGAUUACAAAGCGCUCGGCAAAUUCUUCAAGGGUCUAGCUCAAUCCGGCGCAUGGGCUUGCUUCGACGAGUUCAACCGUAUAGAACUGGAGGUGUUAUCUGUGGUUGCGCAGCAAAUCUUGUCCAUCCAGCUCGCCAUACUGAGGAGAGAGAAGCGAUUCGUGUUCGAGGGUACUGAGAUCAGCUUGAAUCCUACUUGCUCUGUCUUCAUCACUAUGAAUCCUGGUUAUGCGGGACGUACGGAGUUGCCAGAUAACCUGAAGGUGCUAUUCCGAACCGUGGCCAUGAUGGUACCGGACUACGCCAUGAUCGGAGAGAUCACGCUUUACUCAAAUGGCUUCGUUAUUGCCGGACCUCUAGCCCGCAAGAUCGUGCAAGCCUACAAACUAUGCUCGGAGCAGCUUUCUUCUCAGAACCACUACGACUACGGCAUGCGCGCCGUGAAAUCCGUACUAUUGGCUUCUGGAGCAUUGAAGAAGAAUUAUCCGGAGAAAGAUGAAGCUCAGUUGGUGCUUAGGGCUAUCAUUGAUGUCAAUAUGCCUAAGUUCUUAUCACAGGACGUGCCCUUAUUCGCGGGUAUAUAUUCUGAUCUGUUCCCUGGCGUGGAGAUCCCUCAGCCUGAUCGCGCUGAACUGCUAAAGUGCAUCAAGAUAGACUUGGACAAACGCAACCUGCAACCUACCGAGUGGUAUCUUGAGAAGAUUAUUCAGAUCUACGAAAUGAUGCUGGUCCGUCACGGCUUCAUGGUGGUGGGUCCGCCGAUGGGCGGCAAGACACAAGCUUACCAGUGUCUGGCAGACUCCCUGCGGGCGCUGCAGCUGAUGAAGCCGCCUCCGAGACACAAGGAGUUCGGGGCCAUCUACCGCAUACUCAACCCGAAGGCUAUCACCAUGGGACAGCUGUACGGCUGCUUUGAUCCUGCGUCUCACGAGUGGUCUGACGGCGUCCUCGCCAUAGCAUUCCGAGAGUACGCGAUGUCCGUGACCAGAGACCGCAAGUGGAUCCUGUUCGACGGGCCCGUGGACGCCGUGUGGAUCGAGAACAUGAACACCGUUCUCGACGACAACAAGAAGCUGUGUCUCAUGAGCGGGGAGAUCAUACAGAUGACAAACAAAAUGAACCUGAUCUUUGAGCCGGCUGAUUUAGAGUUCGCAUCCCCGGCCACCGUGUCUCGCUGCGGCAUGAUAUAUAUGGAACCUGAGCAACUAGGUUGGCGCGCCUUCCUAGCAUCAUACAACACCCACCUCAGCAAGAAGCUGAUCCCGGAGCAGUUCGACCUCUUCCAGGAGUUGAUCGAGUGGCUCGUGCCUCCUGUCUUCGAGUUCCUCGCCAGGUGUCACCACUUUGUGUCCGUGGGGGAGAUCCACCAGUUCUUUUCAUUGACCCGCUUAUUCACUUGUAUGCUGGAAGGUGAGACACAAGUCAGCACCAUGUGGCUGCAGCAUAUCUUCGUCUUCGUCCUCAUUUGGGGUCUCUGCCCCACUAUGACUGCGGACAGCCGCAAGCAAUUCGAUUCGUUCUUCCGCAAAAUGCUGGAAGGAAACAACGCCGCAUACCCGAAACCUAAGUCGUUCAAGCUGACCAAAAGUCAGCUGUUUGGAGAGAAGGACACGGUUUUCGACUACGUGUAUGACAAGAGGAACAACGGCACCUGGAUACCCUGGGUCGAGUUGGAGAAGGAAGUUCCUUUGCCGGCCAACGCCAAGGUGAACGACCUGAUUAUAUUGACUAAUGAGAACGCGUGUCUCCGCUUCUUCGUGACCAAGAUGGUGAAGUCCAAGAUUCCCAUCUUGUUCGUGGGUCCGACCGGUACCGGGAAAUCUUCACUAGUGCAGAACUUCCUGCUUUCCCUGCCAAAGGAGAGGUACAUCACGAACACCAUCAACUUCUCGGCCAGAACGACUGCUAACCAGACUCAAGACAUUAUAAUGUCGAAAGUGGACAGAAGAAGAAAAGGAGUAUUUGGACCUUCUAUGGGGAAAAAGUGCGUGCUAUUCGUGGACGAUCUGAGCAUGCCCCAGAAGGAGGUGUACGGGGCGCAGCCUCCGCUGGAGCUCAUCAGACAGUGGAUCGACCACGGCCACUGGUACGACCUCAAAGAGAUGGUGAGGCAGGAAGUGGUGGAUGUCCUAUUCGUGUCCGCCAUGUUGCCCCCCGGAGGUGGGUCGAACCUGAUCUCCUCUCGUCUCACGCGCCACAUGAUCCUGGUGACGCUGGACUCCUUCGAAGACAACACCUUGAACAAGAUCUUCUGCACCAUCAUGGACUGGCAUAUGGCUAAGGGCUUCAACGACACGCUCGUCAGGGCCGGCAAGGCGGUGGUUUCCGCAACCAUGGAGGUGUACAAGUCGGUGACCCUUUCAUUCCUGCCCACCCCCAGCAAGUGUCACUACCUCUUCAAUUUGCGGGACUUUGCAAGAGUCAUCAAGGGCGUUCUGCUGGUGCCCUCCACUCACCUGAAGGAGAUCAACAAAUUGGUGUUGCUGUGGGUACACGAGACGUACCGCGUCUUCUGUGACCGGCUUAUCGACGAGAGUGACAGACAGAAGCUGUUCGAGCUGGUGUACAAGGCGGUGUACGCCAACUACCGCGUGCACAUGGACCAGGUGCUCACCGAGACCGGCUAUGUGCCCGAGGGGGAGAAGCUGAACAGGUCCCACCCCGCCAACAUCUUCUUCGGGAACUAUAUGGAGCCUGAUGCUGACCCCAAGAUUUACGACCAGGUGAUAGAUCUGGAGGACAUGGCGCUGAAGAUGGAGUACUACCUGGACGAGUAUAAUGUGGUGUCUUCCUCACCCAUGGCGCUUGUGAUGUUCCGAUAUGCGCUCGAUCACAUAUCUAGGAGUGCGCGCGUGCUUCUACAGGAUAAUGGCAACCUAUUGCUUGUGGGAGUCGGAGGUAGCGGUCGAAGUAGUGCCGUCAAACUGGCUGCCAGCAUUCUUGAGAUGAACGUCAUUCAGAUCGAGAUAUCCCGUGUGUACGGUCAGAACGAAUGGCGAGACGACAUCCGCAAAAUGUUGAUGAAAGCUGGUAUUAUUGGGAAGCCUAUGGUGUUCCUCUUCGCUGAUAACCAGAUAAUGUACGAAGGCAUGGUGGAAGAUAUCAAUAUGCUGCUGAACACGGGAGACAUUCCCAAUCUGUACGGCAUGGAGGAGAAGGUGGAGAUCCUGGACAAGAUGCAGACGGCUGCCAGAGAGUCGGGUCGCAAGAUGGAGACGACUCCUCUAGCGAUGUUCGGGUUCUACGUAGAGCGAGUGAAAGCUAACCUGCGCAUAGUGCUGGCUCUGUCUCCCAUCGGGGACUCGUUCCGCAACCGCCUGCGCAUGUUCCCGUCGCUCAUCAACUGCUGCACCAUAGACUGGUUCACGGCGUGGCCGCCAGAGGCGCUGGAGCGCGUAGCUUCAAUGUUCAUCUCCAAGAUGGCGCAGGUCGAUGAUAAUUUGAGGGAGAGCUGUGUAGAAAUGUGCCAGCUUUUCCACACUAGUGUCGUCACGCUCAGCGAUAGAUUCUAUGCAGAGCAGAAGAGGAAGGUGUACGUGACCCCGACGAGCUACCUGGAGCUGAUCAAGGCCUUCCAGAGUCUGUACGCCAUGAAGGUCGACCAGAUCACCAGGGCCAGGAUACGAUACGAGACAGGUCUGGAGCAGCUGGACUUCGCCGCUGGCCAAGUGGCCGUGAUGCAGCAGAACCUUCGCGACCUACAGCCGCUGCUGGUGGAGACUUCCGACAAGACCGAGAAGCUCAUGAUCAAGAUCGAGCAGGACACGGUGGUCGUCGAGAAACAGAAGGAGAUCGUGGGAGCGGACGAGGCGCUGGCGAACGAGGCGGCGGCGGCGGCGCAGGCGAUCAAGGACGACUGCGAGUCGGACCUGGCGGAGGCGGUGCCGGCGCUGGAGGCGGCGCUGGACGCGCUCAACACGCUGAAGCCGGCCGACAUCACACUCGUCAAGUCCAUGAAGAACCCGCCCGCCGGCGUCAAGCUUGUGAUGGAGGCCGUCUGCGUCAUGAAGGGCAUCAAGGGUGAUAGGAAGAUGGACGCUAACGGCAAACCAUUUGACGACUUCUGGGGCCCCUCGCAGAAGAUGCUGGGAGACAUGAAGUUCCUGGAGUCCCUCAAGAACUAUGACAAGGACAACAUCCCGCCUGCCACCAUGAAGAAAAUCAGGGACAAGUACAUCCCGGACCGCGAGUUCGACCCGGUAGUGAUAGCGAAGGUGUCUUCCGCGUGCGAGGGGCUUUGCCGGUGGGUGAGGGCCAUGGACGUGUACGACAGAGUCAUCAAGGUGGUAGCGCCGAAGAAGGCGGCGUUGGCAGAAGCAGAAGGCGAGCUGCAGAUGCAGAUGAACACGCUGAACGAGAAGAGGGCCAUGCUACAAGGCGUUCUGGACAAGCUACAGGCGUUGAACGACGAGUUCGCGGAGAUGACCCGCAAGAAGAAGGGUCUAGAAGAUGAGAUAGAACUAUGCUCCACAAAGUUGUCGCGAGCGGAACAGCUGAUUGGAGGUCUGGGGGGUGAGAAGGCGCGAUGGACAGAGCUAGCCAUACAAUUACAAGAUCUUCUGGAUAAUAUCAUAGGUGAUGUGCUGCUAUCGGCUGGCUUCAUCGCUUACCUAGGGCCAUACACGGUCAACUACAGGAGGGAGGUGCUGUUGCUGUGGAAUACGAGGACCAGCAACCUUAAUAUUCCGUGCUCGGAGGUGUUUUCCCUUAUCACGACGUUGGGUGAGCCGGUGGUGAUAAGGGCAUGGAACAUCGCUGGUCUGCCGGUUGACGCGUUCUCCAUUGAGAAUGGAAUCAUCGUGGAGAAGUCACGGCGAUGGCCGCUCAUGAUCGACCCACAAGAACAAGCCAACAAAUGGGUGAAGAACAUGGAACGCGAGAAUCAGCUGAAGGUGAUCAAACUAACCGACAGUAAUUACGUGAGAGUACUCGAGAACGCCAUACAGAUGGGGCUGCCGGUUAUACUGGAGAACAUUCGGGAACAACUAGAUGCUGUACUGGAACCUGUGCUACUGAGGAAUAUAUUCAGAUCUGGCGGUAUGGACUGCCUGCGCUUCGGAGACAACAUCCUGGAAUACAACCACGACUUCCGGUUCUACAUUACGACUAGGCUGAGCAACCCCCACUACCUCCCAGAGAUUGCUGUCAAAGUGACAAUGCUGAACUUCAUGAUAACUCCGCAAGGCUUGCAAGACCAGCUACUGGGGAUCGUAGUGGCGCAGGACAGGCCCGAGCUGGAGCUGAAGAAGAACCAGCUCAUUGUGGAGGGCGCCAACAACAAGAGGACGCUCAAGGAAAUUGAGGACAAGAUAUUAGAGGUACUCUCAUCAGCCGGGAACAUUCUAGAAGACGAGUCCGCCAAUGUGAUUCUAUCUUCGUCGAAAGUACUGUCCAUCGAAAUCGAAGCGAAGCAAGCGGCGGCCGCGGUGACAGAGAAAGAGAUAGACGAAGCCCGACUUCUAUACGUGCCGGUGUCGAAACAUAGCUCUGUACUGUUCUUCUGUAUAUCUGAUCUGUCAAACAUCGACCCUAUGUACCAGUACUCAUUGAAUUGGUUCAUAAACCUGUACAACCAAGCGAUCGUGAACUCGCCCAAGAGCGACAACCUGGACGAGCGACUGAGCGGACUCAACGCCUACUUCACCAAGAGCAUCUACGAGAACGUCUGCAGGAGCCUGUUCGAGAAGGACAAGCUCAUCUUCUCUCUCGUUCUCACGCUCGGCAUAUUGAGGCCGCAGGGCCUCAUAGACGACGAGCAGGUGGCCUUCCUGCUGACCGGCGGCGUGGCGCUGGACAACCCGUACGAGAACCCCGCGCCCUCCUGGCUCACUGACAAGUCCUGGUCUGAGAUCGUACGAGCGAGUAACCUGAAUGGAUUGCGAACCUUCAAAGAAGACUUCGAGAGAAACAUACCCGUUUGGAAGGCGUUCUAUGACUUGGCGGCGCCCCAUGAGAAUCCCCUCCCGGCGCCGUACGACACGAUCAAGGGCAUACCCAAAUUGAUCAUACUGAGAUGCAUCCGGCCCGACAAGCUGAUCCCCCUCGUCCAGCAGUACGUGGUCGAACAAAUGGGCCAGUCUUACAUCGAACCCCCGCCCUUCGACCUGGAACAAUCGUACAAUGACAGCAGCUGCACGUCGCCGCUCAUCUUCAUCCUGUCUGCGGGAUCAGACCCCAUGUCCGGAUUGGUCAAGUUCUCCAUGGAGAAGAAGGUCAUCAGUUUUGAGACUAUCUCCUUGGGACAGGGACAGGGUCCAAUAGCAGCACGUAUGAUCGCCUCCGCCAUCCAGACUGGGGGGUGGGUGGUGCUCCAGAACUGUCACGUGAUGGACUCCUGGAUGGGCGAACUGGAACGGAUCUGCGCUGAGGUGAUAGUGCCCCACGCCACUCACCACAACUUCCGAUGUUGGUUGACCUCAUAUCCCAGCCGGGCGUUCCCCGUUACUGUGCUGCAAAACGGUGUAAAGAUGACAAACGAAGCUCCGAAGGGUCUUAAAAACAACAUAAAUCGUUCGUACACAUCGGACCCGAUCAGCGACCCGGAGUUCUACAUCUCCUGUCCCCGUACUGAGGAAUGGAGACGGCUGCUCUUCGCCCUGUGCUUCUUCCAUGCCGUCGUGCAGGAGAGGAGGGCGUUCGGACCCUUGGGAUGGAAUAUCCAGUACGAGUUCAACGAGAGUGACCUUAGGAUCUGUAUCAUGCAGCUUCAGAUGUUCCUAACAGAAUACGCCGAAACGCCCUUGGAAGCGUUGAACUACCUCGCCGGCGAGUGCAACUACGGCGGUCGAGUGACGGACGACAAGGACAGACGACUCAUUCUGUCUCUUUUGUCUAUAUUUUACAACGAGGACGUCACUGCAGACCCGGACUAUUCGUUCUCACCGAGCGGGAAUUACCGGAUGCCGCCAAGCAUGGACUACAACUCUGUCUUGGAACAUAUCCGCGCCUUGCCCAUGAUCGCCAAACCGGAGGUGUUCGGCUUACACGACAAUGCUGACAUCACCAAGGACAAUAAGGAGACUGCUGCGUUGCUCUUCGGCUGCUUGUUAACGCAGACGUCAGUGGUGAAGGCGGGCGGGGGCGGGGGCGACGAGGGCGGGGGCGGGGUGGUGGAGCUGACCAAGGACAUGAUGGGUCGCCUGCCCAAGCAGUUCGACAUCUUGGACGUGGCCAACCGCUACCCUGUGCAGUACUAUAACAGUAUGAACACCGUGCUCAAGCAGGAAUUAAUUCGCUAUAAUCGUUUGCUAGCGGUGGUCAGCCGCACUCUGUACGGAGUCCACAUGGCUGCCCAGGGUCUGGCCAUCAUGAGCGCGGAACUGGAGCAGUGUAACAACGCCUUUAUCAAGGGCAUCGUCCCUGGCGCUUGGAUGUCCAAGUCUUACCCUUCCAUGAAGCCUUUGGGGUCUUACGUAGUCGACCUUUUGUCCAGACUGAAAUUCCUGCAAGACUGGAUCGACGAAGGGCCCCCGAUAGUCUUCUGGAUAUCCGGGUUCUACUUCACGCAGUCUUUCCUCACCGGGGUGCUGCAGAACUACUCCCGCCAUAACAAGAUACCCAUAGACCAGGUCCACUUCGAAUUCACCAUCACGAGUAUGGAGGCGGACUGCGAUCAGGAGCCUACUUUUGGAGUCUAUUGCAAGGGAUUAUUCCUGGAAGGAGCGAGGUGGAACAGAAUAAGCAUGCAGCUAGAUGAAUCAUAUCCGAAAAUCCUGUUCGACACAAUCCCUAUAAUUUGGUUCAAACCAGCUAUGAUAGCAGACUUCCACCCUCCCCCGUGCUACUUCUGCCCUAUCUACAAGACCAGCGAGAGGAAGGGAGUCCUCGCUACUACGGGACAUUCCAGCAACUUCGUCAUGUAUAUAACUCUGUUGUCUGACUUGCCACAAAAACACUGGAUUAACAGAGGAGUAGCCAGUCUGACACAGUUGGAUGAUUAACUCUAGUGAGUUACAUACUAUAUGUAGAUAAUUAUUUUGCUACAUAAAAUAAUCAACAGUUUUAACAUUACCUAUUUAUUUAUGUAAGACAGACUGUGUCUGUGGUAUGUUCUAGUCAUAAUCAUAAUAAAUAUUUUUUUCAUUA